GUGUGAUUGCUUUUGUAAUGCCGGAAAACGCCGAUUCUAUGAAAAGCAGGACAACUAAUUUUCCAACAUCAUCCACAGCUGGUUUCGAAUUGCAAUUUAACAUUAGGAAAUACAACACUGAUGAGCCAAUAACAUUUAAAGUAGAUGGUGAACGAUUUGGAAAAACACAAGGAAGGGAUGUUAAAUCAGACGUACUUCUUCGAACAUACAAAUUUCGUUCGGAAGUUAUUUAUAAAAUUACUGUAACAACUAAACCAGCCACUGAAUUUCAUGUAUUACAUAUAGCAGGAAGUGAUUUGGAGUUACGACCGGAAAGUAUUGGUGGAGGUGUUUACAGUACGGAAUGGAAUACAACUGGUAGUGAUGUUACUCUUAACAGGAAGAGAGAAUAUAUUACUGUUUGCUUACAGGGUCCUGGAAGGAUAUUGCAACGAAAGAUUCAAGCCAAAUUCUAUCGCAAUGAUAAUAGUCACGCAGAUUACGGUGAAAAAUUGGAAGCAUUGAUCUGGAAAUGUGCCGUAGACAAUACCGGCAAUAUAGCUGUGGUUGAUGAAACUGUGAAAUGAUGUCUCAUUUAAUUUGGACAG